AUGGCGGCGGGGAUGCCGGCCCUCUACGGGGCCAACAGCCAGCUCAUGAAGCUGGAGCCGGCAGCGGUGGCGAUGGGCGCCCACCCACUCCUCCAGGCCUCCGAGUGGCACAGCUCGGAUAGGCAAAAGGAGCGGGAGGAGCGGGAGGCGCGUCGCAGGGUGUUGCGGCAAGCCAGGGAGCCCCUGUCAGGCCUACCGGUGGACCACAUGUUUGAGAUUCCCGGCAGGCCCAACGUAGUGCUGCAGAUAAAAAACUAUAGCGAGCCCAACGCGGCUGAGGGCCGGCAGCGCGCCCGCUCCGACAUUCCCUUCCUCUUCAAAGCCUUCGAGACGGGGCAGGCGCCGCCGCCGCGGCCAGGCACCAAGAAGGCCGAGGUGCCGCGCGCCGCCACCAUCCACGAGUACCUCGACUGGACGGUGACCGCCAGCGAGGCGGAGGACCCGGAUGAGCUGGACUUUGGAGGGUUUAGGGUGGUGGUGCUGCUGCCGCGGUUCCGGCCGCAGUGGCCGCCGCCGCCGCCGCCCGACUGCCCCGCCGCCGACUUUGCGCACGAGCGGCCGCUGCAGCACGCGAUGAUAGGGGCGGCCAAGCCGCCGGUGCCCAUCCUGGCGGCUCACAACAAGCCCAUCUGCGCGGCCACCAUCCGCAUGGGGCCCAGCUGGCUGGAGGUGCCCUUCUACGCCACGCAGGAGUCGAGGCGCAACAAGGGCCACGGCCGGGCGCUGCUGGAGGCGAUAGAGGACAUCUGCCGGGCGCUGCGCAUCCCGCGCAUCCUGCUGUGCAGCACAGACGACGCUCGCACCAAGGCCACCUGGCAGCGCCUCGGCUUCUCCUUCACCACCACUGAGGAGCUGCAGCGGUACGGCGUGACGCACCACGACCUGCUGCACAUGGACAACACGGUGCAGAUGGUCAAGGAGGUGCCGCCCCCAGCGCCCUGGAAGAGCAUUAUGCUGCGGCACGCAGACCUCAAGCAGCGCCUCUACUACCUGCCGUUCAGCGCGGAGCAGCCGUACCAGCCGCCGCCACUGAUAGCAAACGGCGUGGCGGCAGCAGCGCGGGGCGUGGCCAAGAAGCCCAGCAAGCCGGCCAAGAAGCGGCCGCGCAAGCGAUGA